AUGACUGAAAACGAACCAGGGCGGCUGGGGCUGCAUAAGCAGCACACUUUGGACUCGUCAAGUGUCCCGGACGAAUCUGUACUACUUUAUAAGACUGCUGGUACCACACUUGCCACUAGCAAUUACGACUCCAGAGUGACCAAGAUGCUUCGGAAUCAGUCUAAAGUGCAAGCCAUGAUUGCAGAGGCUGGAAAUUCCAACGAAGGUAUGCUGAACCUGCUGAAAAAGUACGUGGUGUACACCAUAAGGCUUGUGAGCGAUGACGAAAAUGAUGAUAUUAAUACAAGACGACGUUACAGUGACUUCGAAAGCUUGCGAGAAGUGUUGGUGAAGACGUUCCCACUUGUGGUCAUUCCCCCGAUUCCUCCUAAGAAUUAUUUUCGGUUGAACGUGAUGGAGUUGGUGCUGUCUUCCUCCGCAUCGGGCGCCAGCGAUAUCGAUUCGGGAACGCCCGAGUCGUAUUCAUACAUCAAUUCCACCCAUCUUAACAAGAACAAGCUCAUUGAGCACCGAAAACGGCUUCUUGCCAGUUUUUUGAACAGUUGUCUCCAAAUCUCCCAAAUACGAAAUCUCGAAUUCUUUGCCAAGUUCUUGGACCCCAACGCCAAUUGGUCCGACGAAAUCAAACUCAUAUACAACCACCUCCCCAAACUGAUAUAUCAGCUGAAUCCAGAAAACGGACUCAAGACCGAUCCGUUGUACUCGCAUUUGCCCAUACCUCUGGACCAUCCCAUCAACAUGUUUUUACGACCAAUUCUGAGCAACGGAAAACGCCUAUCGAGGAAAGCUGGUCUUUUCCUGAACGGUGGAGAGAGCUCUGAACCAAAUCUGGACCAAUCACCACCGGCGCUAGCAUCGUACACUUCUGGCCUUGACUUGAUAAACCGCCGAAUCACCGAGAAUUUCAUAGGCAUAUCAAAGGAUUACAGUGAAUUGGGCUCCGUCUUCAAUGCCAUAUCCAUGGAUUUGUCUGAUCCUCCAGAGAUUAGCAUCAGAGACAACAUUGUCAGUGCAAAGCUAAAUGUCAUAUUUGAUAAAAUAGGCCAGGUUUUUGACAGAUCCUACAUCACCAUUAACUCGCUUGUUUCCGAUCUAGAAACAAAGUUCUCCGAGCCUUUGGGAGAGGCGGUUCAGUACACUUCUGUAUUGCAGUCUUUAAACAAAUUCGAAGCUCGCAAGCUUAAACAACAAGAGCUUGUGGACGCCGAAAUCAAGGAAAAGAAGCAAGCAUUGCAAGUGCUUCAAUCGGGACAGCUGGUUCCAGAUGCGGUAGGAUCAAGAUUCAAGUUGCCGGGGUUCAAGAAACUUUCUCUGUACGUUACUGACAUGAUGGAUCAGAACCCAGAGCUCACGAGAAAGCAGAAAUUGGAGGAUGUCAAGCAGCGACUCUCUACGCUAGAGAAAUGCCAGAAAAUCAUGAUUCUGGAUAUUUCGUACAUCACUGAUGAGAUUGGCAAGAAUAGCGAGACCUUUCACGAAAAACAAUUGAAGGAAUUGCUCGGAAUAUUGGCACGAUAUAACUCGUUUCUCAUGGCUUGGGCUCAAAAGAAUGUGGAUGUAUGGGAGGAUAUACGCGACGAGAUAGCAAAGUUAUAG